CUCCAGACGCGUCUCCUCGUCGCGUCCUAGACAGAAAGAGAGAAAAAUCUCCCAUCAUGAUAGAGCGCCGCAGUGUCCGCCGACAGAGCUCACUCGCAGCGGCAAAGAGAAUACUCGCCCAAGUCGAUGAUGAGCAAGACGAUGAGCCGGUGAGGGCAAUUUCAAAAAGGCGUAAAAUCGUCGCCAAACCUCGGGAAGAAGACGCGUUUGAAGCCGACUUUGCACCUCGUGCAGACGACGAUGACGACAACGACGACAACGACGACGAGGAUGAGGUAAAGGAAACCAAGCUAAAAGACGAACACGAGGAAAUCUAUGGAAUCGAGGAAGCAUUAGAACCGCAGCCCAAGCGGCGCAAGGUGGAAAAGACGCGAAAGGCAGACACCGCAAAACUUCAUGCAAGACUCUUCGGCCCAUCCGCACAGGCGGCGGCGUCGUCGACCCGUCCAGCAGAAGCCUGCUCACCUCGGUCGAGAACCCACGCCGUCACGUAUCACCGCCCUCUGUUGCUAGACGGCCAGCCGGGACGCCAUGGACGUGACGCCCUCCUCGCCUGGUUCGACGCCGUCAGCACCACGCGCGGCAUGCCGUGGCGCAAGCCCUGGAUCGACCCGCGAGAACCCCGCGAUGACCUCCGCGCCGCCCUCGAGAGGCGCGCCUACGAGGUCUGGAUCAGCGAGAUCAUGCUGCAGCAGACCCGCGUCGCCGUCGUCAUCGACUACUGGAACCGCUGGAUGGCGCGGUGGCCCACCAUCCAGGACCUCGCCGCCGCGCCGCCCGAGGACGUCGUGAGCGCCUGGCGCGGCCUGGGGUACUACAGCCGCGCGACGCGAAUCCACGAGGCCGCGAAGCUGGUCGUCGGCGACCCGGGCUGGAACGGCCUGAUGCCCGCCGACACGGCCGAGCUCGAGGCCAAGGUCCCCGGCGUGGGUCGGUACACGGCCGGCGCCAUCUCGGCCAUCGUCUUCGGCCGGGCGGCGCCCAUGGUCGAUGGCAACGUGCUCCGCGUGCUGAGCCGGCAGCUGGGCGUGUUCGGCAACGCCAAGUCGGACAAGACCGUUAUCGACCUGCUCUGGGCCGCGGCGGAUGCGCUCGUCAAAGCCGUCGCGAAGGAUAGCACAGGCGAUGACGACGAUGCCGAGGAGAAGGUCCCGCCGACGAGCGAUCGGCCCGGGCGAUGGGGACAGGCCCUGAUGGAGCUCGGCAGCACCGUUUGCACGCCCAAGCCGAACUGUGGCGAAUGUCCCGUCACGUCGACGUGUCGCGCCUACGCCGAGGGCCUGCUGUUGGCGGCCGCGAAGCCAAGAAAGGGGGCCGGGGUGGUGGAGGACAUUGAGGACUUGUGCUCGAUUUGCGAGCCCUUUGAGGAUGCGGCGGCGGAGGAUGAAGCGGCAGCGUCCGGGGGCGACUCAGACACGGAUGCGCCCAAGACGGUCAGGGGAGCCAAAAAGGGGGCAACAAAGUCUCGGCCGGCGGCGAAGCAAGCCACCCUGUCCGCUUUCUUCUCUUCCAAGACGACACAAAAGGUAGAGCCCUCCGCGCCGAAGGGGCCGGAGGUGAACGCCAAAACGCUCGAGGUGGUCGCCAACCACGCCAAGAGGUUCCCACUCAAGGUGGUCAAGAAGGCCGUCCGAUCGGAGGAGGCCCUCGUCUGCGCCGUCCGCCGCCGUGACGGACGUUUCCUGGUGCACCGGCGACCCGACAAGGGCCUCCUCGCCGGGCUGUGGGAGCUGCCGAGCCACACGCUGCCGGCGGCGACAACGACGACGAAGAAGAGCGGAAGCACGGCGCCGUCAAGGAGGAGGGACGCGCAGGGGUACGUGGCUGGUCUGCUUGAUGGCAACGGGGAGAAGCCCGUGGUGCGGCAUGUCGGGGAUCUCGGCAGCGUGCCAUGGCUGUUUUCGCACCUCAAGCUGACGAUGCAUGUGCACUCGUUCGAGGUUGAGGGGGACGAGGAUCUCGGGUCGUCGCAUGCGAGGCACCGGUGGGCAACGGCGGAGGAGGUGGACGAGGAGUCGAUGGGCACAGGGAUGCGCAAGUGCUGGGCGCUGGUGAGGGAGAGGAUGGAGGAGUAAUGUGCAUCUUCGGUAACAUGUUGCCGUGAAGGGGCGGGCAUCUAUCUGUACAAACAAUGUCUUACCAAGGACUGUCGAGCGGCCUCACUCCGAUAUGUACGGCCCUCCUCCGUGGCGCAUUGAAGAAACCCCAUUGCGGGGCUGCGGACUUUUCCCGCCCCCGCUAUUUUCGGACCCGACCGUCCGGAUACACCGGCCCACCCGCUGUGUGUGUGUUGUCUGGAGUUUGGUCAAAGGCAGGCUGGUAGUUCAAUGCCAAGUGUCGCGAUGGUCCAAGGCCAUCGUCUCUCUCUGUAUCCAAUAACCCGCAACUCCAACACACACUCUUAUGAAAUAGGCGUCGCCAAGUGGCCUGGACUACAACUUGCAAGGUUCCCCCUCCUGACUCGGGGCAGCCCUGGACAGAAUAUGCCCGUUCUCUACCAAGCCCAGCUACUCCAAAAAACCAAGCAUCUUGGCACACUUGGCAUCGCGGCCUGCGAUGCUCCGGCGGACUGUCCCUGGCGAGCGGGAACCCCUCAUCUCAGGCUAGCGAGGUCCCGCACGCCGAGAGACGAUCGCCGCAUGGGAAC